GAUACUGUACUGGUCCUAUUAGCAAUUUAUAAUGGGACAAAUAAAGCCAUGGCGUAGAGACGGACUGUCAUUCAACCUUUAUGAUCCAUUGCACACAUGAAAGCACUCUUUUUGACAAACAUAAACCUUAUCAUAAAUAAAUGAUUGUCAUAAAAGGCCUAUUAUAAAAUAUAUGAAAUGAAUGAAUAAAUGUUUUCCUUUCUAUUUCCUGACAGUGUCAGAUGAUGUGCAACCUGUGAGGCGCAGCAGCUAUGAUCACCUUCGACCUCUCAUGUCUGAGCUCAGGGUUGUUCUGCUGGGGAACAGCUGGUCUGAGAGGAGUUCAGUGGGGAACGUUAUACUGGGAAAGACUGUGUUCAACACUGAGGAAGAACCAGACAGAUGUCUGAGGUUCAGAGGACAGUUAAAGGACAAAGAAAUAGUUCUCAUUAACACUCCAGAUCUGCUGCAUCCUGACAUCUCCCAACAACAACUGACAGAACAUGUAGAAAACUGUGUGAGACUAUCUGAUCCUGGACCUCAUGUGUUCCUGCUGGUUCUACAGCCUGAAGACUUCACUAAAGAACACAAACUGAGACUACAAUCAAUCCUUGAAAUCUUCAGUGAUGGAUCAUUUGAUCAUUCACUGGUUCUGAUAUCAGCACCCAGAGAGAAGAGUUCAGGUGUCAGGGAAGACUACAUGGACUAUCCACCCUUAAAUAACAUCAUGAGAAUUUGUAGAGACCAACUCUUCUGGAAGAAAACCACUGAACUUCCAGAGCUGUUGGCACACUUGGACCAUAUUGUAAAGGAGAACAGAGGACAACAUGUGAGCUUCGAAGCAUUUGGGGAUUCAGCAUCUGCUUUACCCGGUGGUCCUCAAAGACGGAAACAACAGGAAACAAUGUCUGCUAUCUCAGACACGGUUAAAUCUGAACUCAUCAGAACAUCCUUAAACCUGGUUCUGUGUGGGAGGAGAGGAGCAGGGAAGACUUCAGCAGCCGAGGCCAUUUUAGGUUGGUCAGAGCUUCAUCCAGAGUGUGUUAGACAUCAGGGAGAGGUGUGUGGACGUUGGGUUUCCCUGGUGGAGCUGCCUGCCUUGUAUGGAGAACCUCAGGAGGCAGUGAUGGAGGAAUCAUUCAGGAGUAUCUCCCUCUGUGAUCCUGAGGGCGUCCAUGCCUUCAUCCUGGUCCUUCCUGUGGGUCCCCUCACUGAUGAAGACAAGGGAGAGUUAGAGACCAUCCAGAACACAUUCAGCUCUCGAGUUAAUGACUUCACCUUGAUUCUGUUCAUUGUGGACUCAGAUCCUACAGAUCCAGCUGUUGUUAACUUUGUGAAAGAAAACAGAGACAUCCAGAAGCUCCGUCAGAGCUGUGGAGGAAGAUAUGUUGUUCUCAACAUCAAGGACAAGCAGCAGAUCCCAGAGAUGUUGGAAGCUGUGGACAAAAUGAGAUCAUCUAAUGGACGACCAUGGAGCUAUACAACAGAAACAUUUGCAUGUGCCCAAAGAGAUAAGGUCCUACAACAAGGGAAAAACAUCACCACACUACAGGCUGAACUUGAGGACCUGAAAACAAAAAGGACAACCAGCUGUGAUGAAGAACAGAGUCCAGAGUGUCUCAGGAUUGUGCUGAUGGGGAAGACUGGCUGUGGAAAGAGCUCUUCAGGAAACACCAUUCUAGGAAGAGACGAGUUUAAAGCUGAAACUUUCCAAAGAUCAGUCACUAAACACUGUCAGAAAGCACAGUGUGAAGUCGAUGGUCGACAGGUGGUUGUGGUCGACACUCCUGGUCUGUUUGACACAACUCUGUCUCAUGAAGAAGUUAAUGAGGAGUUGGUGAAAUGCAUCAGUCUUUUGGCUCCAGGACCACAUGUCUUCCUGUUGGUGUUGGAAAUCGGCAGACUGACAGAAGAGGAGAAGGAGACAUUGAAACUUAUCAAGAAAGUAUUUGGGAAAAACUCUCAAACAUUCACCGUAAUUCUCUUCACAAGAGGAGAUUCACUGGAGCAUCAUGAACAGUCUGUUGAGGAAUUUGUUGAAAAGGGUUGUGAUGAUUCCUUUAAGAAGCUGAUCUCUGACUGUGGAGGAAGAUACCAUGUGUUUAAUAACUACAAUAAACACAACCGCACACAGGUCAGUGAGCUGAUAACCAAGAUUGACACCAUGGUGAAGGAAAAUGGAGGCAACUGCUUCACUAAUGAGAUGCUCCUGGAGGCUGAAGCAGCGAUCCAAAAGGAAGUAGAAAAGAUCCUGAAAGAAAAGGAAAAAGUGAUACAGAGAGAGCAGGAGGAAAUGGAACGAGAACACGAAGAAGAAAUGAAAGAGAUAGAAAAAAGGCUCGAAGAACAAAGAGCAGAAAAAGAACAGGAAAGAGAAGUGAGAGUCAGACAGCUCGAAAAAAUGGAGGACAAGAUGAACAAGGAGCAUGAGAAGAGAAAGAAAGAACAAGAAAAUAGAGAGGAAGAUGACAGAAAAAAGAUAAAACAGGAAGAAAUGCAACAACAGGAGUGGGAAGGAAAGAUGAAGGCUUUGCAGGAAAAAAUAAAUUCUGCCUCAGAUGAAGAAAAGAGAGUCGAGCUGAAGCAAAGGGAAGAAGAGAUGAGAGAAGAACAAGAAGCGAGGGAGAGGGGACAAACACUAUACUGGGAAAAACGCAAGAGAGAGAAGGAACAUAGACGAAAACAGGACCAAGUAAGACUCAGAAAGCUCCAAAUGGAAUACGAGCAGGAAAGAGACAAAUAUGAAAAUCUAAUGAGAAAUGAAGAUCAACACACAAGAGAAGAUUUGGAAAAGAUCAGAAAAGAGUUUGAGGAAAAAUGUAAGAAAGUAAAGGAUGAUAUGAAGAAGAAAUAUGAAGAGGAGGCCAGAAAGCAAGCUGAAGAAUUCAAUGAAUUCAGAGUGAAAUAUGGCAGCAACUUUGCAGGUCUGAUGAAAGAGCACAUGGAGGAAAAGGAGGCACUGAAGCAGGAGCAUGACCGACAAAUGCAAGAGACUGAGGAGAAGUACAGCCGAGAGUAUGAACUGUUAGAAAAUCUCUUAAGUCACAAAGAAAUAAAGCUGAAAGAAGACCUCGGACAAAAAGAACAACAACUCAAAGAAAUAGAGGACAUGAAGAAAGCACAGGAACAAGAAAUAAAUGAUUUGAAAGAAAAGUACAAAAACAAAUGUAUCAUCCUCUGAUAAACUGCCACUGAUCCACAUCCAUCAGCUAACUCCUCCCGUAGGUGGGGGCCAGGAGAUCUUACACUGAGCCUCACUGAACUCCCCUUUAUAGCACAAAGAACUCUUUAACUGAAGCAAAGUGCUGGCCUCAGGAGAGUCCAGCUGUUGUUGUAAAGUACGAGUCUUUUUGUUUUUAACAGUUUGUUCCCGACUGGUGAAAUAACCAGUCACAUAGUCACAUUUGGAUAAAUUAUUUAAAUUAGAUUUUACAGUCUUUUUUACAGUCGAUUUAAAGGUUUCCAACAGACACAUUCUCUCCAGUCUCUGUGAGCUGCUCCUUCUCCCUCUCUUCUACAUAUUCACUAAUAUUAGAUAUGAUCAGAUACUGUGGAAUCAAUGAUGGUGAUAAACACAUAUUCAGUCAGAAGUACAGAGGCAGCGCUAUUGUUAACUGUCCAAUAAAAAGACAAUAAAUGGAUCUUCUGAAACAAAUGAAAUCUUAUGUCUAAAACAGCAGAGACAUCAGUUCCACCUGGUUUGCUGAGUGAAUCCGUUCUACCUGGAUGACCAUGAACCCUGAGCAGCUCACCUGGUCUGGCAGCUGGAGCUCGUGUGUUUGCUCCGAGUGCUGGUCACUGUGUUAGAUUGAGAUAUUUCUGAAUGGAGGAGGAUUUCUGAACAUAUUUCAUACAAACACGAUGUAUGAUUAUUGAUUGAUUGUAUGUAGGUGACAAUACAACUGGUGGAGCUCAAAGGUUCAUUUUUUGAGUAAAUUAAAGGAUCAGAACAUUUAGUGGACAUUUUUAGGUAGAGUUGAUGACUGUAUUUCCUGUAUCUGUAUAAAGAUUCAAAUAUGUCCAUAAUCAUGAAAUAAUAUCUUCCAUUUUGAUUCCUUAUGUGUUCUUUUUCCCGUACAUGUUGUAAAAGCUUUAUCAGUCGUUUGUUUUUCUCAGCUGAACAAUUGGAAAAUGUUUUAUCUUAAUAAACCAAACUAAAAGUGGAAAG